AUGGUUUGGCGCCCCCGCGCCGCAGAAUCGAAAGCAGGCAUAGACGUGACCGCGGAGAUCCUCGACGGCAAGGCGUUGGCCAAGACGAUUCAGGAGGAAAUCGCCGACGAAGUCGCCGAAUUCUUCCAGGAAAGCGGUAUCACUCCCUGCCUGGCGGCCGUUCUGGUGGGCGAUGAUCCGGCCAGCGAGGUCUAUGUCCGCAGCAAACGCAAGGCCUGCGAACGCACUGGGCUAGAUAGCCAGUUGCACCGUUUGCCCGAGGACGCCACGCAAGACGAUCUGCUGGAACUCAUCAAGAAACUGAAUGUCGACCACAACGUGCACGGCAUCCUGGUUCAACUGCCGCUGCCGAAGCAAAUCGACGAAAGCCGCAUUCUCCAGGCCGUUCAUCCCUGGAAAGACGUCGACGCCUUUCAUCCCGAGAACGUCGGCCGCAUCGUCCAGGGCCGCCCCCGCUUCCUGCCCUGCACGCCGCAUGGGGUCCAAGAGAUCCUGCUACGAAACAACAUCGAAAUCGAAGGCCAGCACGUCGUCAUCGUGGGCCGUAGCGACAUCGUGGGUAAACCCCUGGCGGCAAUGCUCAUGCAACGCGGACCCGGGGCCAACGCCACGGUGACAGUCUGCCACAGCCGCACAAAGAACCUCGCCGAGGUCACCCGCAUGGCCGACAUCCUGGUUGUCGCCAUUGGCGUGCCCGAGUUCAUCAAGGCCGACAUGGUUAAGCCGGGGGCCAUCGUGGUCGAUGUCGGCAUCAACCGUCUCGAGGCAGAAAACAAGCUGGUCGGCGACGUCGAUUUCGAAGGUGUGAGCCAGGUCGCAAGUCACAUCACACCCGUCCCCGGCGGCGUGGGUCGCUUAACGGUUACGAUGGUGAUUCAAAACACCUUCGAAGCAGCUCGACUCCAACUCGCUUAG